AUGGCGCACCCGCUGUGCUGGCCUGGAAAAUAUUUCUUUUAUCCUAUCGGGAACACUUCUGCAGUCUGCUUGACGAGGGAUCUACCUCUCGAAGAACCUGCGAAAAUCCUGUUACUUGGAUGUGGAGAUCCCAGAAACGUUCUGUACACCAUUUUUUGCCGGUCGCUCGAUUUUACUUGCUGUGAUAUUGAUCCAGCAAUAUUGGCACGCAAUGUCAUCUUGCUCACGAUGGUCAUCGAUCAGCAGCCUAUGGAAACUGUCUGGAAUGUCUUCUUUCAUAUGUACCUGGACAAACUUUCGCAUUCGACAUUCAUCGAUCACUGCCAGAAAUUGAUCAAUCAUUCCGACACUCUCCACAGUUGGAAUGCUUCCACCUAUGGGUCCUCCAUCAAAAUGUGCACAGAGUACACGCUCCACGAGCUGCGGCGUCAUUGGUCUCUCUAUGUCGACAUGCCGAAUCUACCACGGCAACGGAUACAAGCCAUUCGUGACGCAUUUAAUAAGCAGUCGAAGUCAUCAACGAAUAUGUAUGGCUCCGUCUUGACAUCUGCCCGUUCGUCGGGCCCUCUUGUGAUUCAAGCAGCUCAGAUAUGCUCAGAACAAUUCAAGAAUUACUGGACGACCGGCGUCACCUUCACUGAUCGAAAGCUAGUCGCCGCCGCCAAUAUUCUGAACGCGACGUUUGCUUACUCCUUACAAGGAGAGGGCUGCAAUGUCCAUUAUGGAACAGAUCCACUCAUCCCAUUCCACCUUGCAGCUCUCUUCGGCAGUGCGAAGCGAUCAGUUUCUGUUGCAGAUCUUACGAAGGCCGCCCAGGCCGAGUUCAGCGAUUGGUGCUCAGCUUAUAAGAGUGCGAUCUCUACUACAUCUAGCGCUCCCAUCAUUCGUUUCAUUGUGGGCGAAGCUACGGUCGUCUGCCGAGCCCUCAAAUCCUUUGCCACAACGAGGACGCUCAAUUUGUCUAUCCCUGUUUCACAAUGGAAGACACAGACAAUCCAACUAAGCCCGGACGAAUACGUGUCUCAGCCAGAUGUUGCCCCGGCAACAUUCAAUGUUAUUGAGACGUCUAAUCUGCAUGACCAUAUUGGCCUUCUGAAUGUUUUAAUCGCUGCAAUUCCCCUUCUCUCAACCUCCUCACUCUCGAGUGUCCUUUAUACAGAGUCCCUCCUGUUUCGCGGUCAAGAUGCGACGAAGGAGUUCUCGGAACAUCUUUAUGCGGAUAUCACGACUAUGGCUCUCCUCCUGGGCUUAUGUCCUGUUGACUAUCUUUCUGGCUAUACUACUCGAUCAAACACGCACGAAUUGACGAUGUACACGGUGAUUGCCAAAGGAAAGGAUGCUCACCAAUUUCACCAAGUAACAACUUGGAAGUCUCCUACUUCUAGCAACGCCCUCACUAUCCCUAGCAGAGCUGCGUUCAGACCCCCAGCCUUCGACUCGCACCAAUUGGGAACUCUCUUGUAUGAUAUAUACCACCAGCUUUUCGAACAAGAGGAUUCUAUGCACUUCUUGAGGCUUAAUCAGCAAAACUUGCUGAAAGCCGUUUCCAGCUCGAAUCUCAUCCAUUACAUGCGAGAGAGCUUUGUGCUAUUCCUUAAACUCGUCAGAGAGAGGCUUGGAAUUUCUGCGCAGCAGUGGAUGGAUGUAAUGGACAGGUUCUUCAACCUCGAGGACGCGGAUCAGACUCUCCCGAUGGAUACGGUCAACUACAAUGAUCUAUGCGCGCAGUUAUACCGCCAUGGCGUACAUAAAGUGCCCUUUUACAACACGGAGCUUCCCAAAAUUGGUAGAUUUGUACUCUGGGAUAGCGUUCCUCCCGUAGUUCGGAUCAUCUUUGCUGUCCCCCGGGACAAUUUGGCAGCUUUGGAGGACACCUUGAAUAAAGCCGGCACCCCUCUGCUGCAGUGCGACGUGCGUGGUACUUGGUCUCAUAACACCUUCACAUCAGUAUAUGUGGCAUUCGGAGCCGUUGUUUCAAUGGGCACAUCAACUCAACCGCGCGUAGUGCUCAACGAAGAUGCGGCUGGAUGGAAGGGCACAUCUUCACUUAUAGUAUCCUUCGCAAUACCCGCACAGCUCUUGACAUUGAUUGAACCUCCCGAAAAUCUCAACGUGUGCUUGUCCGUCCGAAGCACACCCGCCACGGUAGCCUUGAUACCAAAGCUGGGCAUGAGUCUCUGCCUAUUCAGCGCCAAAUUGAUGGAUACGUCCCUGGUCCAUGUAUUACCUGAACCGCCAUUACCCUACAGAGAACCUAUGGUCUUCCCUCCCAGUCCUGCACUGUCGGCUACGGAUCGUUCGCUUCGAAUAGGCCAGCCGGGCACGGUGUUCGUGGAGUUGGACGAAGAGUGCGAGUUCGUCACUUCUUUGACCGCCAGAAUCCCCAUCGAGAACGAAGAAGUAAAGCGUUUGUUCAGGUCCCAGUCCACACCUAAGGUCAUGCAGGUAUCUUCCUGCAUCAUGAGAGCCACUAUCGGCGGCCAUACUGAAGAUGUCAUAUAUCCUUUCCCCAUUGUCGGGAGCCGCAAUAAGCUCCGCCUUGCCCGCAAGUCGUUGUAUAUUGAAAUUGUCGUUCCUGUGUCAGGGCCUUUCAAGAAUGAUGGAGUGAAGCUCAAUCUCUUUGCAGUAAACAGGACAGGUGGUCUUCUGAACCCCUGGAACAUUCAUCGCCUAAAUUUGACUCGUCUCCCAAUCCUUGAUAUCAAGGCACCACAAAUCGAUCGGUGGCUCAACCCUCACAUCGGAUCGAUGUUGUCUUCCCGUGAACGCUCCAUGAGGAAGAAACACGAUUAUACGGAUCCUUUGGUAUUAGUCAAGGACACAUUGCAUAGCAUAUUUGUCCGAUCUUCAGGCAUCCAGGGCGGAGCUCCACAAAAAGUCUUCGCCUUGAGAGAUGAUGCAACAAACAAUUGCGACACCGUCUUCUUUGUUGGCGAUCUACGAUAUGAUCUGCACUCUCACACCAUGGUCUGCGACGGAUAUGUGCUCCCCCUCACCGAAGAACUCAUGUCAAGGAUCAUAAGCUUCUUUAGCGCCCUUGUACAGAAAGGCAAUAUCGCGAAUAUCACUGUUUCUGGAAAUGGCAUGAAGGCUUGGAAGCAAUUACUACCUGCGUUUGUCGAGCGCUGCCGGUCCUCGUGGACGCAUGGGGCCAACUGCGAGUACAAGUCACAGAACAAGAUUCCACUCACGGAAAUUAUGGAGGCAGAUCCGCUAUGCAGUUGUGGCAGGGGGAAGGACGUAGAGGGCAUGGCCAAAGUCGCUCUCUGGAGCAAGCUAGCGCCAUAUGUGACCAGGGUCGCGCUGUCCCCUCUUUUUGCCGUUUCAUAUCUCGAAACGAUUGGUAGAGACCCGUCAGCUCACAGGUGCUACUCAUGCAGGGGGAAAGGUAAGCCGAAGAUCAAGACGUGUAAAAUAUGCAAGAAAGUACGGUACUGUUCCGAGGAGUGUCAGAAGAAAGAUUGGAAGAGCCACAAAAGGGUAUGCAAACCGAGUGCUUAA